AUGCUCUACGGCCGUGCACUGAUUGUGAUGGUCGUGUGGCUAUCUCAACAACAUAGCUGUCAUUCAACACAGCAAUCAUCUUGCGUCGAAAAUGAAGUGUGUUCGGCCAGUGAUGCACGAAUCUGUCGCAAUUCAAGUUGUGUGUCGGUGUGUUCAAUUCGUGGUAUGAAAGAAUGCGAGUGCGAUAUGGAAGAGGACAACUUCUGUUAUUUGUGCUGUGGUAAUUCACAUACGCGAUGCUUACCCGCACAUCAGCAUAAUAUUCUCAGGAGUAAUGGCGAACGCUGGGAGCGUGAGGCGUGUACAAGGUGCCGACAGAACGGUGCCGAGUUGGAGGGAUUAGCUUGCGACGACAUGGAUCCAGCUAGAUUAUGUAUUCAAGGCAAAUGCUCGAAUAGUAUUUGUCACGAUAAACCACAAGGAUCGUACUGCGAUCGGAAGAUGGAAAAGAUUUGCGUGGAUGACGUUUGUGAAAAUCCGUGUGCUCGUUUUGGUGCUCAUUUAAUGGUUUGCGAUUGUCCAGCUAUUGACCCCGAUACGGGAUUCGCUUCAGAUGAUAGAUGUCAACUGUGCUGUUAUGAUUUCAAUAUCAAGCCAACAUCAAGGCGUUGUCAGAAUGCAUAUCGAAGGUUCAAUGUAGCGACCAGUCAUAAACGACCAAUUUGGCGAGUGGGCUUGGAUUGUGCGGGUGGCAAGAAGUGCAAUCGUUAUGGAGUUUGCCGAAGUGUUUCACUCAAUCCAUCAUCUAUUCUAAUCACCGCACUGCUAAUCUUUUGUGGCCUUAUUCUCGUCUGA